AUGCACCUCAGCGGCGAGAUCACCGCCGCCCCGACACUCAGGCCGCUGAUCCAGGAUAUGACUGUCACCCACCCCGGUGGCUUGUAUGGCGUUGGCAUGGACCAUAACGCCACCACCCAGAUCUAUUGGGCUCAUGGCCGUCUUGCGGCCAAGCGCACGGGCACGUGCAUUUGUCCGGACCCCAACGCGUGGGUAUACGCCUUCAUGCCGCUGGCGGGUUGCUCCGAGUGCAUGCGCAG